CUCACGUACGUUUUCAUGCAUAUAUGAUACCUCAGCAAAAUCUCCAUGCAACGGCUGUAAAUAACUUUGGAGCAGCGACAGUACUCGAGUUAUCUAUCCAUAAGUUUAAAAUAAUAUUGGCUGUAGAAUUUGCACUUAAGGAGAUCUGUGUGUGCAUGACGACUGUGGUCUGCUUAUCUACGCAGCGGCAUCAUGAAAACAGCAAAGAUCAUUUGUUGUUUGUUGGCUGUUGUUUUAUAUGAAGCAUUUGGGAAUAUUCAAAAACGUCGAAAGCCAGGACCUGAUGAAAUAGAACGAGUAAUAAAUGCUACUUAUUCCAUUUUCUGGAAAUGUACUAUGUUAAAAUGCCCAAUGGGGCAUGGAGCAACUGUGCCUUGUGCUUCUAGUGUCUCAAUUAGCACACCAAUAAAAUGUAUCCCUUGUAUUGGUGGGGUAAAUUUCUCAGACAGUCAUGAUUACACCACCUGCAAAAGUUGCUGAAACUGUGACAAACAUGAGAAAAAGUCUGGAGAGUGUACCCCUGAAUCAGAUACCACAAAGUGUCUAGGAACAUGUCACAAGGGCUUCUAUAUGGAUAAGAUAUCUGGUGGAUGUCAUCCAUGCAGUGACUGCUGCGGGCAAGAUAAAAAACAUCAUGA